CACGUUUGAUCGCCGCACGCAACAUGGAGAAAAGUGACAUGGGUUGCAGAGCUCUCACUACAGCAGUGACUUACGGUCAUUUGUAGACUCAGUUUGCUUCGUCCCGUCAAUGUCAAGACUUGGAGGUGUUGGCGUUUAGUGUGUCCAUCAGAAGAACAUGUUUGGUCCCCAGCUCUCCCUGAGGCUUCGGCCUGGGAUGCAAGCCUGUGCUGUUAUCCAUCAGAGAAUCCAUAAACUCUACUCGCUCAAGGAUGCCACUGCGCUCCCCCGGAAGAAGAUGCAAAACUUACUUUUCCCCUUUGAUGAGCUGGAGACGUAUCUGGACAGGUCUGUGGACAGGACACCGUUCCGACUGUUUCAUCCUAGUUUGGAGGACAUGGUGGCAGCAGAAAAGCUUUUCCGCUCUUCUCCGUCUCAUAAGAUUGAUUACUACAUGUCUGUAGAGAGGAUGGACCACGCACCUGCACUGACACAACCAGAGGUGUGUUUUAUUGGCAGAAGCAAUGUGGGCAAGUCAUCUCUCAUCAAAGCUCUGUUUUCUCUGACCCCUGAGGUAGAAGUCAGAGUCUCCAAAACUCCAGGUCACACAAAGAAAAUGAACUUCUUCAGAGUGGGCAAAGCUUUCACCAUCGUGGACAUGCCAGGCUACGGAUACAGGGCGCCCAAGGACUUUGUGGAAAUGGUGGAGCCUUACCUUUAUACGAGAAAAAAUCUCGUGAGGACGUUCCUGUUGGUUGAUGGCAGUGUUGGUAUUCAGAAGGCUGACCUGAUCGCCCUGGAGAUGUGUGAGGAGACCAGAUGUCCAUACGUGAUCGUGGUGACUAAGAUUGACAAAUGUGGAACCGGAACGCUGCUGACAAACUUGAUGAAUCUUCAAGAUUUGGUCGGGAGACAGACUACAGGCUGCUUCCCCCAGCCAUUCCUGGUCAGCUCUCUGCAUUUUUUGGGGAUCUACCUCCUGAGAUGCUUCAUUGGCCACGUGACGGGGAGGGUCGCGUUGAAGGACACCACUCAGAGCUGAGGAGCGGCCCGGGCACAGAGUGGAGAUGUCGCUCGGUAGAUGUUGUUUCACGUCUCCUUCUCUGGAAUAUUGCUGCAAAAGCAGAGACUCAGAAACUCUAUGAAAAAAAUCGUGCCACCAGACUGCUAAAGAGGCUUUUAUUUUCUACUAAUAAACACGUCCAUGUCUUCAGGGCAGUUUCCUUCCAAGUUGUCCUUUUUACUUUAUAGUUCUAGAUUACAUUCCUCUUCACAGAACAAUAUAAUGUAGUGAACAGUGGAACAUUACACCCUGAGCUCUUUCUCAAUACCAGACUGUACACUACGGCCAUAAUAUUGUUGCUCUGUGGUCGAUAUCACCGUGCUUCCGUCUGGUAGUUUCCAUUGUCCUGGUUUGGAGG